AUGCACGCGCUGUCGCUCUCGGCGUAUCAAGUGCGACGCUCGCCUUCCGUCGUGUCUGAGCUGCUACAAGUCAAGCCUGCCAUUCGUAUCAAGAGUCUCUACGACAAGAUUGAUGAGCUCUCUGCGCUUGUUUCCAUGCACGCAUCGCAUGCAGAGAGGUCAGGGGCGAGCGCCGUGCCCUCAACAACGCCGUAUCUUGAGCCCUUUAAUUAUAUUGUUCCUUAUCGAACCCACCAGUAUCUCUUCUUGGGACCAUCUCCGCCGGUGGCUCUUGGAAACGUUACGAUUGCUAAGCUGCAGCAGCUUGGAGUUCAAAUAGACUCGUCUCGCAGCACGUCGGAGUAUGAGCAAUUGCCAGCUGCAGUCCAAAUCAAGUGCGACAGAAACAGCCUCUCACCAAGCGUAGUGCGGUUGCUUCUCACAUACUACGCUAGAUGUAUCGAACCCACCUAUCCAACUAAAUUGAUCCAAUGCGGGGAGGGCGUGGAGACCGAUUUGAAGCAACUCAGUGAUGGCAAUCGUUGUGUAAUUCUUCUUGCUUGCGCCACAGCUGCCGUUCACAAGAGCUACCACCUCCCAAGUUGGAAAGCGCUUGCUACCGCCUGCCGUGACUGGGCUGGCGAUCUCGCUCAGCCUUUGAUAGAGAGGCGGGAUGACUUUUCGGUUUUCGUCCUGAUCAUGUUCAUCGUGUAUGAACUUGCCGAUCCACAAAGAGGCCUUAUAUGGGAGUUUAUAUCCACGGCUACACGUAUCUGCUUUCAAUUGGGAUGGCAUCGAGUCGACGAGGAUCCCGCGGAAGUCUCUGAUGAUGAGAGUAAUGAUCUCGCUCGUGGUACCCUGAGUACGGAGACUCGCCGCACGCUUUUAUCUGUGCUCAUAAACAUCGAGAGGCCCUUGAGCGUCUUGUCGCAGCGCACCCCGCUAUUGAGAGCUAGCACAGUCACCUGGGAGUCCAGUAGUGACUUUGCGUAUAACAGCUACUGGCAGAUCAUACGUGAUUAUUUCGGGACAAACCCAAAGCGUCCUGACGAUGGACGUCUUUAUCCCGCCAAUGUUCGCAGCUUCAAGGGCCUUCAUGGCAGCAUGCGUCUUAUUAACUGCGAUGGCGACCCAUUGGCCGGGGUCCGAAAACUGUCUCGGGUCGUUGCUUAA